UCUGAGCUCACCAGGCCAUCGCAUCGCAGAGCACCAGCGAGUCCUUGAGCUCAGCAUCAAUCGCUUGCUCACCAGUUAGCUUAGCUGCCUAGCUAAUCAAGCUUGCGAGGCCAUGAGGCUCUCGGCGGCCGUGCUCUGCGCCCUGGUGGCCGUCCAGGCGGCGCUGCUCCUGGCCACCGUGCCGUCAGCGCAGGCCGGCGAGCUGGAGGUCGGGUACUACAGCAAGAAAUGCAAGGGCGUGGAGAACGUCGUCAAGUGGCACAUCAUCAAGGCGCUCAAGGCCAACCGCCGCACCGGAGCUGCCCUCAUCCGCCUCCUUUUCCAUGACUGCUUCGUCAGGGGCUGCGACGGCUCUGUCCUCCUGGACGCGUCCUACGAGAACCCUCACCCGGAGAAGGAUGCGCCGGUGAACAUUGGCCUCGCUGCCUUCGACCUCCUGGAGGAGAUUAAGGCCUCCGUCGAGAAGAGGUGCCCGGAGGUCGUCUCCUGUUCCGACAUCCUCAUCUACGCUGCGCGCGACGCGGCCAGCAUCCUCAGCAAUGGCAACGUCCACUUCGACGUCCCGGCGGGCCGCCUCGACGGCUUCGUCUCCAAGGCCGACGAGGCCCAGGCGGAGCUCCCGGACUCCAUCCAUGACGUGCAGCAGCUCAUCGAAAACUUCGCCAAGAAGAACUUCACCGUCGAGGAGCUCGUCAUCCUCUCCGGCGCGCACGCCAUCGGCCAGGGCCACUGCUCGUCCUUCACCGGCCGCCUCACCGAGCCCGCGUCGCAGAUCACCCCGGCCUACCGCGACCUGCUCAACUACAAGUGCUCCCAGGGCUCCAACCCACCCGUGGUCAACAACGUACGCGACGAGGACUAUGGCGUCGUGGCGAGGUUCAUGCCGGGGUUCACCAGCCGGGUGCGCAAGAUCCCCGACUUCCUGGACAACUCCUACUACCACAACAACCUCGCCAAGAUCGUCACCUUCCACUCCGACUGGACGCUGCUGACACACAAGGAGGCGCGCGGCCACGUCCACGAGUACGCCGACAACGGCACACUCUGGGACGAGGACUUCGCUGACUCGCUGGUCAAGCUCAGCAAGCUGCCCAUGCCGGCAGGGAGCAAGGGCGAGAUUAGGAAGAAGUGCAGCGUCAUCAACCACCGCCUAUACUAAGAAGAGGCAUGGGGAUCCAAGAAGAGGGCGUUCGUGUCCAGCCAACACACGUUCGUCGAUCAAGUUGAGCCAUAAGCUUGUGUUUUCUUUCCCGUUUCAUUCAUUCUUUCGAUUCGCAUUGGUUGUAAUACUCUCUUUUUGUGCAUUUCUCAUCUCUGCUAAUCUGUCAUGUAUACUACUCGCUACAUAUCUCGCGGCAAUAAAACUAUGUUCCUGA